GUGGUCCCUACUGAAAUCCUUACAUUUGCCAGCUGCAGCUCAGAGGAUCCACAGCCUCAGAGAAAUUAGACAGCAUCAUACAAAGGAUAAUGCAGUAGGGUGGAGAGACCUUGGUUCUAGUACCAGCUACUGAUCUACAAGAUGCUCAUCUGUGACCUUAGUUGACAGUUGACAUUUGAAAUACAGAGAAGCCCCUAGGAUACUGCAUCCAGAAGUUAAUGCCGAUUCUGAUAGAGUUUGGAAUGCCAGGAUGCCAGUGGAAGUAUGGAAGCCCCAGGAUGCUGACUUUCAACAGGAUGAAGACUGCAACUUGUUCCCUUCUCAUCUGUAUUUUCCUUCUCCAGCUGAUGAUCCCAGUGAAUACUGAUGAGACCUUAGACAUUUUAGUGGAGAAAAAGGUCAAGGAUCUUCUCUCCCAUCGAGAUAAUUAUCCCUCCACUGUAACAAAGACUCUCUCCUGCACUAGUGUCAAGUCUAUGAGCAGACUGGCUUCUUGUCCCCACGGGAUGACUGCUACUGGAUGUGCUUGUGGCUUUGCCUGUGGAUCUUGGGAGAUCCUCCAUGGAGAUACUUGCAACUGCCUGUGCUUACUCAUCGACUGGGCCACUGCCCGCUGCUGCAAACUGUCCUAAGAAUGAAGAUCCCAGCUUUGAUAUGAUUAAUCUAACAAAACUGCAAUCUCAACUUGGAAAUCUGGCUCAUGUGCAUUUUGAUAUAUUCAUAUUGCCCAUUAACCCUGCUUAUUGAAAAAUAAAGACAAAUUUGCAUCUUUC